CUCCUACCAUCUCCUCCUCCACGCCGCAAAACCCUAAGCGGCCUGCUCUCGUCCCGGCGCCGGCGCCGCCUCUGGCCUCAGGACCACCUCCAUGGCCACCGUCUGCUCCCUCCUCCCCGUCCGCUCCCCAAUUCCCAACGCGAACCUUCUCUUCGCGCAGCGCCUGCGGCUGCCGCACAGCCGCGCCUCCCAGCAACGCCUCCACCUCACGCCCCGCGCCACAGCCGAGCCCUCCGCCUCGACCUCCAGCGCCGUCGACGCGGCCCCCGCAACGAGCGCCACCGCCACCGUGCUGCUCGACGUCGGCGGCAUGAUGUGCGGCGGCUGCGCGGCGCGGGUGCGCUCCGUCCUCGCGGCGGACGCGCGGGUGGAGAGCGUCGCGGUCAACCUCCUCGCCGAGUCGGCCGCCGUGCGGCUCCGCUCGCCCGCGCCGGCCGCCGGGGACGACCUGGCGGCCAGGCUCACGCGGUGCGGCUUCCCGUCCACGGCGCGGCGAGGCGGCGCGGCCGCGGGGGCCACCGAGAGCGCGCGCAAGUGGAGGGAGAUGGCCGCGCGCAAGGCGGAGCUGCUCGCGCGGAGCCGAGGCCGCGUCGCCUUCGCCUGGACGCUCGUCGCGCUCUGCUGCGGAGCCCACGCCACCCAUCUCCUCCACUCCAUCGGCAUCCACAUCGGCCACGGAACAUUUUUGGAUCUGUUGCACAACUCGUAUGUGAAAUGCGGCAUUGCCAUGGUCGCAUUGUUUGGGCCUGGAAGAGAUAUACUUUUUGAUGGUCUUAGAGCAUUCAAGCAAGGCGCCCCCAACAUGAAUUCUCUUGUAGGAUUCGGGUCCGCAGCUGCAUUUGCUAUUAGUGCAGUGUCCUUGCUGAACCCUGAAUUGGGGUGGAAUUCAACCUUUUUUGAUGAACCGGUCAUGCUUCUCGGAUUUGUACUUCUUGGACGAUCUCUUGAGGAAAGUGCUAGACUUAAGGCAUCUAGCGAUAUGAAUGAGCUCAUUUCACUCUUAUCUCCUCAAUCAAGGUUGAUUGUUACAUCCUCAAGUGACGACGUUUCUUCAGAUGGCAUUUUAAAUUCGGAUGCAAUCACAGUUGAAGUUUCUGUCGAUGAUGUCCGUGUUGGAGACUCGAUAUUGGUUCUUCCAGGAGAAACUAUUCCUGUAGAUGGAAAUGUCAUUGCGGGCUCAAGUUUUGUUGACGAAUCAAUGCUUACUGGAGAAUCCUUGCCAGUUGCCAAGGAAAUAGGGCGCCCUGUAUUUUCUGGAACUGUGAAUUGGGAUGGGCCUCUGAAGAUCAAAGCUACAACUACUGGACCAUCGUCAACAAUUGCCAAGAUAAUCCGUAUGGUUGAGGAUGCGCAAGCACGAGAAGCCCCUGUUCAAAGGCUUGCGGAUUCAAUUGCAGGGCCAUUUGUGUAUACUGUUAUGACGUUGUCUGCAGCAACCUUUACUUUCUGGUACUACAUGGGCACACACAUAUUUCCAGAGGUCCUUCUAAAUGAUAUUUCUGGACCUGAUGGGGACUCAUUGCUUUUGAGCCUGAAGCUUGCAGUGGAUGUACUAGUUGUUUCCUGUCCGUGUGCACUUGGGUUAGCUACGCCUACAGCUAUCUUAAUAGGAACUUCCCUGGGUGCUAAGCGAGGGCUACUUAUUAGAGGAGGUGAUGUUUUGGAGCGUCUGGCUGGGAUAGAUUCAGUUGUUCUUGAUAAGACAGGGACACUUACGAAAGGAAAACCAGUUGUCACUUCUAUUGCUUCUUUAGCAUAUGGGGAGAUGGAGAUUCUCCGUCUUGCUGCUGCAGUGGAGAAAACAGCAUUGCAUCCUAUUGCUAAUGCUAUAAUGAAGAAGGCUGAACUGCUCAAAUUGGAUAUUCCGACUACAAGUGGACAGCUUACAGAGCCUGGUUUUGGCUGUUUGGCUGAAGUAGAUGGCCGUUUGGUUGCAGUAGGUACUUUGGACUGGGUCAACAAUCGUUUCGAAACCAGGGCAUCACCAGCUGAACUGAGAGAUCUCAGAAAUCGCCUAGAGUUUGUUUCGUCUAGUGAGGCAUCAUCAUCAAAUCAGUCAAAAUCAAUUGCUUAUAUUGGCCGUGAAGGAGAAGGAAUAAUAGGUGCUAUUGCUAUCUCAGAUGUUCUCCGUGAUGACGCAAAGUUAACUGUGGACAGGCUGCAGCAGGAAGGAAUUACAACAUACAUACUAUCAGGAGACAGGAAAGAAGCAGUGGAAGGCAUCGGUAAAACUGUUGGAAUUAGGAGUGAAAACAGAAAGUCAUCCCUCAGUCCGCAGGAAAAGGCAGGCAUUAUUUCAAAUUUGCAAGAUGAAGGGCAUAGAGUUGCGAUGGUUGGUGAUGGAAUAAAUGAUGCUCCAUCAUUGGCAGCUGCUAAUGUUGGAAUAGCUAUGCGAACUCACUCAAAAGAGAACGCUGCCUCUGAUGCAGCUUCAGUUGUUCUAUUAGGGAACAGACUAUCUCAGGUUGUAGAUGCUCUAGCAUUGUCUAAAGCAACUAUGGCGAAAGUUCAUCAAAAUUUGGCCUGGGCAGUGGCAUAUAACAUAGUAGCCAUUCCCAUUGCGGCUGGAGCGCUACUACCCCAAUUUGAUUUUGCCAUGACACCGUCUCUUUCAGGUGGACUGAUGGCCCUGAGCUCCAUUUUUGUCGUCAGCAAUUCUUUGCUUCUGCAGCUGCAUGGAUCGUUUCAGAAGACAGAAAAAACAAGGCCAGACAACCUGAAGGCUGAAGUCUAGAUCAGAGUAAGUUGGCUGGUUUAUCUGUUCCUGGAUAUAGGUACAUAGGAUGAUUGCUCGAGACACCACGAUUGUACAGGAUCAUAGAGCGUGACUCUGAAACUGUUACUAGUUUUCUACCUCCGGCCAAGCCAUAUGCAAUAACUCUUGUAAGUUAUAUGUUGUGCAGCAGCAGCUUAUAUAUAGCCAAUUAGAAAUUAAGAGCCACACAACAGCAGAAAAAUGUAUUUUAUGCCAGUUUUAACAUUACUUUACUUCUGCUUC